ACUAUAAAAAUCUGAAAUUUUCAGGAUCUCAAGUGUAAAAUCAACAAAGUGCAGGGGCCUUCGAACAACUUACAGGAGUUCCAAUUGCGCGCGCUUGCACAGAGAGCCGACACUUCCCAGUUGCAUUCUCUCUCUCUCUAUCUUCUGGAUGAAAUUGGCGAGUCUUCGGCGAUGGCGUCUGCGAUUGGUUGGUACGGGCCUUUGAUCGAUCUCUCAAAAGCAUCUUCUCACGUCGGAGAUUUCGUUCAGCUCCUCGUCUUCGUUCACCGUUCCACUCCGGUCCAGUACAAGGUAUCAAAAGGUGGGGAGAUUGUCCGGACCGACAUUCAGGUCGGUGAUGACACGCGGCCUCGUUUCACCGUGUCCCUAUGGCAGAAGCAAAUGGGGUCUUUGGCAAUUUCUGGUGAUGUGAUAUUGUUACAAAACGUUAAGGUUGCCAGAUUCGGCGAUCUUAUUGAUGCAAGGACAGUCAGUUGUUCAUCGAUUGUGCCCUUGGUCCAUUCUUAUGAACUGAUGGUUUCUGAAGAUGAACUGAUAGGGAACUCCAGACUUGGCACUGCAGCGAAGGAAAAACUGAAGAAGGUGAUUGGUUGGGUCAAGGCAAAUGAACUUAUCAUCCGCAAUCAGAAGCAGUUGUCAAGAAAUUGGAAAGUCCUGGAAGUGGGAGAACACAAGGACUGUACUUCUAUCUCAGAAGUACUAAACCUGACUUGUUCGUGUAAGGCAAUCUUUCUGGCAUCUGUUGGUGAAAUCUUUCUUCCAAUUGUCUGGAGAGCUACGUGUGAAAUUGAGAAGGAAAAGAUGUUCAUAAGCUGGAGAAUAAACAGUAAGGAUGAUGGCGGUUUAGCUGAGGAUUUCAUUUGUACUGGCUGCCAGCUUUGUGGUUCGCCUUUGGAAUUAGAUCGUAGUAAGCAUGCGCUCAAGCAGAACUCUGUUCCUCUCUACUGUGAUAAAAGCUCCAACCGCCUUCAUGUAGUGAGCCUGAUUUACCAACCCUUCAUGUUGUACUUAUAUGAUGAAUCGGGGUCUCUUCCGCUUCUUGUCAAAAACAAAGCCGCGGAACUGCUUUUUGGGAACAUACCUGCAGAGAGAGUCUAUCUGUGCCUUGAAGCAAAUCUUCCUGUACACAAGUCUAGCUCCAAGGAUGUCCCUGAAACCCAUUACCAUGCCGGAGGCCCUCAACAUGGCGCACCAGCGGAAGGAGCAUCGGACAUCGUCUCACCAAGUGGAGACGAGAUGGAUAGGGAGGAAAAGAACAAGUGCCACGGUAGUGUAGAUUUUCAUUUCGUGUGGUUUGUAAUGCUAAAAAUGUUACUGCAACAGGGGAAAAAUAGCCCGUUGGGAUUCGAAGUGAAUGUAGAUCCCCGUCUAGACAGGGAAAGUGGGAGGUAUGAAAUGGUUACUGCGACAAUGCCAUGCUUCAGAAACAAAUAAUUUGUUAUCUCAAUUCACUUGUGGACCU